CCGGAUGCCCCGCCCUCUGCCGACCAGCCCUGAGCUCAGCACCGCCCCCUGCCCACGUUCGCCUCGCCGCCGCCUCGUCGCCCGCAACGACAACCUCUCGCCGCCUACAGCGCACGACCGGGACGGCCAAGAUGACGAUCAGGAGGACGACGAGGACGACAUCGAGUCGCUCCUGUACCUCGCCCAGAUGGACCUGAUCUCACACAAGCUCGACGCGGCCAAGGACAAGCUCGAGCGGGCAGCCAUGGCCGGCUCGUCGGCUGGGUGCGCAACCUUGGCCGGCAUCCUUGCGCGCGAGUCCCGUACCGCGAGCCCGUCGCACGUCGGUCACCACCACCUCUCUCCUCCUCCUACAUCCCUCUCUCCGCCAGCUGCACCAGCCCCUGUACGCCGCCCGUCGAUCCCGACUCGACAGAGCUCGUCCAGCAUCGCCCGCACCGCACCACAUCGUUCGCCAGACGCCCUGCGCGCCGUCGAGCUCAGCUUGUCCGGCCUCCAGCUCCUCCUCCUCAAGCCCGUGCGGCCGUCGAGCGACAGCGGCUACGGCGGGUCCGACGACGAUGACGAGGACAGCGCCGAGGGCCUCUACUUUGACCUCGAGCGCGCACUCGACCUCAUCGCUCGCGUCACCGACGCGCACCGUUUCGGCGUCCUGCACGCGCCGCUGUCCGACCCGCAGCAGCACGACUCGUCGCCCGGCGUCGACGGCUCGGGCGCCAACGACGACCUGUGGCGCCGCAGCGCGACCGCCGCCGUCAAGCUCCUCGACCACGAGACCGUCACGGUCCUGUUCUCGCACCCGGCGGCUGCGGCCCAGCCGCCGUUCCUGUCGCGCUCGUCGAGCUCGCGCCGCCGGUCGUCGUCCGUCAGCCGGUCGUUCGCCCACCCGUCGUCGACCUUGCCGCUCGACACGGACGUCAAGGGCACCGCCGCGUCGCUCCUCUCGCCCGAGCGCAAGCUCAAGGUGACGGUCGCCGUUCACGCGCUGUACGUCCUCGCGCUCCAGGCGUGGGCAGUCCAGCACGGCCCGUCGUCCCCAACUUUGUCGUCGCCCUCGUCCGCCGCCGAGGACCCCAAGCUCGUCGCCGAGCGGUACUGGUCGACGAUCGAGCGCCUCGCGGCGCCGUACGCGCCGUUCGCCGGUAUCGGCAUCAAGGAGGGCGACGAGAUCGUGCAGAGCACGCAGCGCCGUCUCGAGUCGAUCCGCCACCAGGACCUCGGGCCCGACGAGCCGUGGCGACUCGCCAAGAAGCGCGGGCGGCAGACGCCGGCGGCGGCGACGUCGGCGUCACCAACAGGCGCGACGAGCGCGACGAGCGCGCAGCAGGACGAGGGCUCGUCGGCCGUGACGAUCCGCCCUGCGCUCGUGCCGCAGCCGUCGACGUCGAGCGGGUCGUUCGGUGGGCGCACGCCGCGAGGCGCGAGCUUCCAUCUUGGGCCGCACGUCGACGAGGCGGACGCAGAGGAGGAGGAGGAGGAGGUCCGAGCGGCGCCGGUCUCGCUCGACAUGCCGUCGCAGAACAGCCGACCUGUCGAUGCGGCGGCUGCGCGCUCGCCGCCGUUCGCGCUCUCGCCGCCGCACGACCUGCUCCUCUCGCCGCCGUCGUCGACGUCGUCGAACAAGCCGGCCUCGUCGAGCAGCCGCACGAGCCAGCCGUACCCGUCCCCUCCCGAGACGCCUCCCAUCGCGUCCGACGCGCACGCCUUCUACCCCGACUUCCAGCCUCGUGCCCCGUCAACCCUCUCGCCGCCCUCGCCUUCCGCCUCGCGCCUCCAGCCCCUCGUCUCGCCCAGCGCCGGCGCCACCUCGAGCGGCCUGCCGCGCGUCACGUCGGUGCGCUCGAUCGCGUCGAACCGCUCGACGACGUCGGUCCUGUCGACGUUCAAGCACGACCCGCUCCAGCGGUACCUGUCGGGCCGGCUGCGGCGCGUCGGCAGCUCGGCGAGCAUCUGCACGGCCCCGCCGGACCUGUCGGGCCGCACGAGGGUCUGCCGCGGCAAGGGCAAGGGCAAGAUGGUCGAGCCCGAGCCGAGCGAGCUGUUCGAGCUACGCGGCGGCGCCGGCGGCGCAGCUCUCGAGCGCGCAAAGAGCCGCCCGAGCGCGCUCGCGACGGUCGAGGAGGCCGAGCCCAAGACGUGGCUGUCGCGCUUCUGGAGGUCGUCGCGCUCUGCGCUCGACGACGGCGGCCGGGGCGCGCCGGCGGGCCUGGCGGCUGCGGCCGAGGAGGGCGCGCUCGACCGCACGCGCAGCUCGAGCGCCGUGCACGCGCUCAAGCUCGCGCUCGACCGGCACGACGAGGCGAGCAGCACGAUGGUCAUGUACUGGGGCGAGGGCGAGGGCGCGUACUCGUACGCCGAGGAGGACGAGGAGGGGCAGGGCGAGGUGGACGAGCCCGUUUCGCCGGCGGCCGACAAGGUCACGUCGCCGCCGGCGUCCUCGCUGCGCUUUGACGAGGCGCAGCUCUCGCAGGCCGACAAACUGCGCUCGUCGCUCGACGCCAAGCCGCAGCACUCGACCCGGCAACCUGCCCGCCAGCGCUCGUUCCUCCUCACCGACCCGACCUCGUCGCCCGCAUCGGCCUCGGCCUCGGCCAACACGUCUCUCUCGCGCGACCGCACGCGCUCGUCGCGCCGUGCCCGCUCCCGCGACACGUCGGUCCACUCGUCCGCCUCGUCGACCCACUCGACGACCGCCGACGGGCACCUCGCGCCUCCGUCGCCGUCGAAGAGCGGCCGUCGCCGCCGACGCCGCUCGUCCGCCGGCGCGCGCAGCUCUGCCGGCUCGGACGACGACGACGCGGCGCCACCCGUGCCCGUCGCGAUGGACCCGCUCCUGCUCGAGCUCGAGCGCCGGUCGCACAUCGGGCUCAAGACGGCGUGCGCGGCGUGCGGCCGUCGCGGGCUCAACUUUCCUGCGUGCCGCAAGUGCACGGGGACGUACUGCAGCCGCGACUGUCGGGUCGGGCCGCAGCACGUGUGCAGGAGGCCCGGCGCGGCGGCGGCGGCGAAGGCGGCGGCGCAGGCUUGAGCGAGCGGCUCGAGCGGCAGGAGGAGGUCGGGGCGGCCCGUAUUCUCUCUCUCAUUCACUUUGUUUCUACAUCUCGACCGUGUUGCAAUCUCAUACAGCAGAACAUGCUCUCGCCGU